AUGGAGAAGCAGGACAUUAGUGUGUCGGAAGACGCCAAGGAGCUGGAGGAGGUCUUGUCGACGUAUACCGCAGAUCCAGAGGCAGAAAGGAGGCUGCUACGAAGUAUCGAUCGUCGCAUUGUACCCGCGUCUAUGGUCAUCUACUUGCUAUGCUCUCUGGACCGUUCGAACAUCGGGAACGCGAAGAUCCUCAACAGCAACACGGGACAUUCCCUUCUGCAGAGCCUGAACAUGUCCAACCAGCAGUACCUCGUCGCGCUCAUGAUCUUCUACGUCUCCUACACCGUCUUCGAGACGCCCUCCAACUACAUGCUCAAGAAGUUCCGCCCCUCGCGCUGGAUCGCGUUCCUCAUGUUCGCUUGGGGCGCCAUGACCAUGAUCCUCGGCGGCGUGCACAACUUUGGCGGGCUCAUUGCCGUCCGCUUCCUCCUGGGCGUCUUCGAGGCCGGGCUGUUCCCGGGCAUGGUCUACGUCCUGACGUUCUGGUACCGGCCCGAGGAACGCGCGUUGCGCAUCGCACUCAUCCUCGCGAGCGCGACGCUCGGGGGCGCGUUUGGCGGCGCGAUCGCGUAUGGGGUGGGCAAGCUGGACAGCGCGCACGGCAUCGAGGCGUGGCGCUACCUGUUCAUCAUCGAGGGCGCGCCGUCGUGCGCUGGCGCGGUUCUCGUCUGGUUCUUCUUCCCGGACUAUCCCGAGACCGUGCGCUGGCUGUCGGUCGGGCAGCGCGAGCUCGCGGUGGCGAGGUUGAAGGGCGUGGCGUCGCUGGGGCACUAUAGGAUUACGUGGGAGGAGGCGAAGGAGACGCUGCGCGAUUACAGGCUGUACGUGCACUAUCUGACGUACAUCACGAUCUCGGUGCCGUUCUCGAGCAUGUCGCUGUUCUCGCCGACGAUCGUGGCGGGGUUGGGGUACGAGGGGCUGAACGCGCAGCUGUUCACCGUCCCGCCGUACGCGAUCGCGUUCGUGAUCACUGUCGCGGUUGCGUGGGUAUCGGACAGGUACGAGGUUCGCGCCUUGGGGUGCUCGAUCUCGAUGUUCAUUGCGGGGGCUUGCUUCGUGGUCGAGGGCGCUCUCCCUGCGGAGUCGUUUAAGCUUCGUUAUGCAUUCUUCAUCAUCGCGCUAUCGUUUGCCUUUGCGUGUAUACCGCCGCUCCUGAGCUGGCUGACCGCGAACCUGCGGAGUACCGGCGCCUCGACCCUCGCGGUGCCCUUGAAUGUCUCCAUUGGCCAAAUAGGCCAAAUCAUUGGUGUUUACAUCUAUAAGGCGAACGAGUCGCCAGGGUACCCUACCGGACACUACACCAACGCUGGGUUUCUGCUUGUCGGUGGACUCGCCGUACUGGGGCUUCGGGUUCUGUAUGUCCGACGCAACAAAAGGUUAGAGCCAGGAGCGAGACAAUGGCGACUGUAG